UUUUGAGAAAUAUGUGCAGUUUUGUAAAAUAUCCUCCGUGCGCCGCUUACUGGACGUUUUAGAUAGUUAUCAGCAGAAAUUGUAAACUUUCACCUAGUAAAUGUUCUUUUCUUUUUUUCAGCUGAUAUGUGCCAGUAAUAAUACGACACCGUUUCGUUUCGAUGAAUAUGGUGGUUUGGUGACAACGGCUGUCAUGAAUAAACCAUCAACAACCAACGGUAUACCAACUGAAGACAAUAAUUCAACAUUAACAUUAAAUUCAUCGAACGAUAUAAUUCAACAGAAUCUUCCAAUGCAACAACUUGUGGCAACAAACGGUCUUCUAAACGAUGAUUCACAAAACAGUUCGUCUGCUCUAUUUCAAGAUGAUACUCUUGAUGACUCGUCAUCGUUGUUACACUCGUCUUUGCGACAAACAACCAUACCUCAUCAUCAUUUAAAUAUUCAACAUAAACAAGAAGUAACAACGCAGCAUUUAUAA